AUGACGGACGUGCAGAUGGGGGAGACAGAGACCUUCGCGUUCCAGGCGGAGAUCAACCAGUUGCUGAGUCUCAUCAUCAACACCUUCUACUCCAACAAGGAGAUCUUCCUGUGCGAGCUGAUUAGCAAUGCCUCAGAUGCACUCGAUAAAAUCCGGUUCGAGGGUCUCACCGACAAGAGCAAGCUGGACGCCCAGCCGAAGCUCUUCAUCCGCCUCGUGCCUGACAAGGCGAACAAGACGCUUUCCAUCAUUGACAGCGGUAUCGACAUGACCAAAGCUGGUAAUUUCUCAUCUCCGCACCUUGUUGGGAUGACGCCGCCGUCCCGACGAACGCUCAAGCCCGUAGGCGACAUUAGCCUCGUGAUGUUCGGAGCGCAGCUGUCGACAGAAGAGGCGGAGAGCUUGAGCAAGAGGUAA